AGGUUCGAGAGAUGGAAAAAUGGAAGGAAGGGAAGCCUGGCGAAGCCAGAGCUGCUUUGUGACGUUCUGUGAGGGAAAUUGGAUUGGAUGUAGCAGAGAAAAGUGGAGAGGUUACACGAUCUGUCUCUGGCCCAGUACUUCCAAGGAAAAACUAUGGGAAUGCUGACAUACAUGUGGAGAGACAACUUAUGCCCCGUGUUCUUGCUGGUACCAAUGGCCCCACUGAUUGGAAUGAAGCUUUGGAUAUUAUUUCUUUUGGUUCUCCUGAGCAGUCUGUUGAAGGAAUGAAAGUCGUGUGUCAUGAGCUGACACAAGCCACUAAUGAUCCAGAAGGCAGUGCAAUGGAUGAACUUAUUAAAGAUGCAGACAGACUUGUUUCAUGCCUUGCAAACAAGGUUGCCAAGACCUUUGAUUUCAGCUUGACAAGAGCAUCAUCUAGAUCUUGUAAAUAUGUUCCCAACAUCCUCAUCUAG